CAGAGAUUCUUUGUGUCUAGCUGACAAAAACUGGUCAUGGGGGAUUUUGUUAGAAUGGGACAGUUUUUCAGCAGAAAUUUUUACCCGUCGAGUCCAAUCUACCUCCCCAUUCAGCACCUCUUAUUUGCUGUAAUCCAUAACUCCUUUGCUUUCAAGCGACUGUUUCUAUAUUUCAUAUUCAGCCAUCAAACUCAGUCUUUGAUCAUCCAUACUUUCUGGAAAUAGUGCGCUUGCUGACGAAAAGAGCGAUAUGCUCAGCAAAUCUGCGU